CGACGGCCAUAAAAACGUGGCGGAGUGAAGUGGCAAGUCUAGAAACCAUCGAAACAAUCACAGAAGAUUUGACAGUAACAAACCAGAGAUAAUGGGAGUGGAGAAGCAACUUAUCAGGCCCGGCAACGGUCCCAAACCUGCCGCCGGUCAAACUGUCACCGUCCAUUGCACCGGAUUUGGGAAAAAUGGUGAUCUUUCUCAGAAGUUUUGGAGCACAAAGGAUCCUGGGCAGAAGCCUUUCACAUUCCAGAUAGGCAAGGGAAACGUUAUAAAAGGAUGGGAUGAAGGUGUCUUGGGAAUGCAAAUUGGAGAAGUCGCUCGUCUGCGGUGCACUCCGGAUUAUGCUUAUGGAGCCGGUGGAUUUCCAGCAUGGGGAAUACAACCAAACUCAGUCCUGGAUUUUGAGAUUGAAGUCCUGACUGUGCAGUGACGUCCUGGUAGGAGUUGACAACACUUCUAGAAUUAUAUACCAUAAUAUGAAAUAAUCUAAAUAACCUGUCUUUCUUCAACGUGUAUGAGUGUUGUCUACUGACUUGUUCGAUUAAGACGAAGAUGAAGUACUCAGUUCUGUUCUAUCUGUGAUCAAGUACUUUUAAGCGUGGUGUCCAUUUUCAUUAUUCGCAUAGACAUUUUUGUACCAAGUGUUUCUGAUAUGUAUAAAAGGUUCCCAACGUUGGCGUUUAAAGAA